CAUCUUGUUUUGACCGCGUUUUCUUUCGGAUCUUGUGUGAAAAUAGUCGCGAUUUAUUUUAAUUUUGUGUUUUAACUGUAUGGUUUACUAUGUCGAAACGAAGAAUUGAAGUUCUCGACCCUUUUAUCAAGAAGAAAAGGGAGGAAAAGGCUGCAGCGGCUGGUAAAUCAGGAAGCAGUGGCGAGUCUUCGUCAGAGCGCUCCGCGGCAGUCAGCAGCGCCAUGGCGCCCACGUCCGGGAGCACCCCCGGCAUCAACUCCUACACCGGUCUCCCACACUCACAGAAAUACCAUGAGUUACUCCGCAAACGACUCGGGCUACCUGUUUGGGAGUAUAAAAGUGACUUUAUGAGACUCCUCAACACCCACCAGUGUGUUGUGCUUGUUGGUGAAACAGGAUCCGGCAAAACCACACAGAUACCUCAAUGGUGUGUUGAGUUUUCUGCAGUAACCGGUGGCAAGUCUAAAGGUGUUGCUUGUACACAACCAAGAAGAGUGGCAGCCAUGUCUGUGGCUCAGAGAGUGGCUGAAGAAAUGGAUGUGGCAUUGGGACAGCAAGUCGGUUACAGUAUCCGUUUUGAAGACUGCUCUGGACCUCAAACACUGCUGAAAUACAUGACAGAUGGUAUGUUGCUUCGAGAAGCCAUGUCUGAUCCUAUGCUGGAAGGAUACAGGGUGAUUCUGCUUGACGAGGCUCACGAAAGGACUCUGGCCACAGAUAUUCUCAUGGGUGUCCUCAAAGAGGUUAUCAAGCAAAGAUCAGAUUUGAAACUAGUUAUUAUGUCUGCUACUCUGGAUGCAGGAAAGUUCCAGCAGUACUUUGACAAUGCCCCCCUAAUGAACGUCCCUGGACGUACACACCCUGUGGAGAUCUUCUACACGCCGCAGCCUGAACGAGACUAUUUAGAAGCUGCCAUUAGAACCGUAGUCCAAAUCCACAUUUGUGAGGAAAUUGCUGGUGACAUCCUGUUGUUUUUGACUGGUCAAGAAGAGAUAGAAGACGCUUGUAAACGGAUCAAAAGAGAAAUAGACAACAUAGGCCCCGAAUGUGGGGAGCUGAAAUGCAUACCAUUGUACUCAACACUGCCACCAAAUCUGCAACAAAGGAUCUUCGAGCCAGCACCACCAAACAGACCGAGCGGUGCAAUUGGGAGAAAAGUUGUAGUGUCCACAAAUAUUGCUGAGACAUCGCUGACAAUUGACGGAGUAGUGUUUGUGAUAGACCCAGGGUUUGCAAAGCAGAAGGUGUACAACCCUCGUAUCAGGGUGGAGUCUCUUCUGGUGUCUCCGAUCAGUAAAGCCUCGGCCCAGCAGCGAGCUGGUCGUGCCGGCAGAACUCGCCCUGGAAAGUGCUUCAGGCUGUAUACAGAGAAAGCUUACAAGAAUGAGAUGCAAGAUAACACAUAUCCUGAGAUUUUGAGAUCAAACUUAGGGUCUGUAGUUUUGCAGCUGAAGAAGCUCGGCAUCGAUGACCUGGUGCACUUCGACUUCAUGGACCCGCCCGCGCCCGAGACGCUCAUGAGGGCCCUGGAGCUGCUGAAUUAUCUGGCUGCACUGGACGACGACGGCAACCUCACAGACCUGGGCGCCGUCAUGGCGGAGUUCCCGCUCGACCCCCAACUCGCCAAGAUGCUGAUAGCUAGCUGCAACCACAACUGCUCCAAUGAGAUCCUGUCCAUCACUGCUAUGUUGUCAGUCCCGCAAUGCUUCGUGCGGCCCAACGAGGCGCGCAAGGCGGCCGACGAGGCCAAGAUGCGCUUCGCACACAUCGACGGAGACCACCUCACGCUGCUCAACGUGUACCACGCGUUUAAACAGAACAUGGAGGACCCGCACUGGUGCUACGACAACUUCAUCAACUACCGGUCCCUGAAGUCCGGGGACAACGUGCGGCAGCAGCUCAGCCGUAUCAUGGACAGGUUCAACCUAAAACGGACGAGUACGGAGUUCACGAGCAAAGACUACUACAUCAACAUUAGAAAAGCACUGGUCAACGGAUUCUUCAUGCAGGUGGCCCACUUAGAGCGUACAGGCCACUACCUCACAGUAAAAGACAACCAAGUGGUGCAGCUGCACCCGUCCACCUGCCUCGACCACAAGCCCGACUGGGUCAUCUACAACGAGUUCGUGCUCACCACCAAGAAUUAUAUACGGACCGUUACUGACAUCAAACCGGAAUGGCUGCUAAAGAUCGCGCCACAGUACUACGAGCUAAACAACUUCCCUCAAUGCGAGGCGCGAAGACAGUUGGAGUUCGUGCAGACGAGACUCGAGUCCAGAGCUUACCAAGAAGGAUUCUAAUCUCACAUAGACUGUUUGGUGUAGCUAGUAUGGCGUUUGAAAUGAGGAUGUAAAGGUUAA